GUUCUCUGCCUCCAUUCCCUCCAUUCCCUCCAUUUCCCUACUUUCAUCUUUUCCAUUUCUGCCAAACAGAGAAUUCACUGUAACCAAAACAGAGGCAAAAACAGCUACAAAUAUGGCCUCUUUCCGGCGAUUCCUCUCCCUCUAUGCAUUACUGCUUUUAGCCCUGUUUGUUACCGUAAAAGCCGCCCGGCAUCAAACCCAGCUGAAAUCGAGGACUCUGGAAAGAGAGCACUUGCAGAGCUUAAAGAACUCAUCAAUGGCGGAGAUGUCAGAUGAAGAAUGGUUAGAUAAACACACAUUCGACGAUCCAGAGGAAGUCGUUAAAAUGUCAAAAGAGUCCUUUACCGCCCAGAUUUCAGUCAAAAAGAUCAAAAUUCAGAGUCUGAAUUCCAAAUUUUUGAGGAGUAUAAAAAACAGUACAGAAAGAAGAAAAUUGGGAUAUUUCUCAUGUGGGACAGGCAAUCCGAUUGAUGAUUGCUGGCGGUGUGACCGCCGGUGGUAUCUCCGGCGAAAGCGUCUUGCUGAUUGUGCAAUUGGCUUUGGACGUAAUGCCGUGGGCGGUCGUGAUGGACGGUACUACGUGGUAAGUGACCCCAGUGACAAUGACCCGGUGAAUCCCAAACCGGGCACCAUCCGCCAUGCCGUUCUCCAGGAUAGGCCUCUGUGGAUCGUCUUCAAACGUGACAUGGUGAUUAAACUCAAGGAGGAGCUGAUUAUGAACAGCUUCAAGACGAUCGAUGGCCGCGGUGCCAACGUUCACAUUCCUUAUGGGGGGCAAAUCACGAUUCAGUACGUGACUAACAUUAUCAUUCACAGUGUCCAUAUUCAUGACCAUAAGCCCACGGGGAACACCUUGGUCCGUAGCUCUCCAAGUCACUACGGAUGGAGGGCGAUGGCUGAUGGUGAUGGCAUUUCCAUUUUUGGUGCAAGCCACAUUUGGAUUGAUCACAAUACACUCUCUAAUUGUGCGGAUGGGCUUAUUGAUGCUGUUAUGGGUUCUACUGCAAUUACCAUUUCCAACAAUUACUUCACCCAUCACAAUGAGGUUAUGCUAUUAGGACACAGUGAUUCUUACACAAGAGAUAAGGUGAUGCAAGUGACCAUAGCCUAUAACCAUUUUGGUGAGGGUCUUAUCCAGAGAAUGCCAAGGUGUAGGCAUGGCUAUUUCCAUGUAGUGAACAAUGACUAUACUCACUGGGAGAUGUAUGCCAUUGGUGGAAGUGCUAAUCCCACAAUUAACAGUCAGGGCAAUAGAUAUCUUGCCCCUGCCAAUCCUUUUGCCAAGGAGGUUACAAAAAGAGUCGACACAUCAGCUGAUCAAUGGAUACAUUGGAAUUGGAGGUCAGAUGGAGACCUGAUGCUGAACGGAGCCUUCUUCACCUCAUCAGGUAGAGGGGCUGCAGCCAGCUAUGCCAGAGCCUCCAGCCUGGGAGCCAAAUCCUCUUCCAUGGUUGGCACUAUUACUUCAGAUUGUGGUGCCCUGUCUUGUACCUACGGCCGGUUAUGUUAAUUCUCAAAAUCUCCCUUCCAACAACAAAAAACAAGAAAUCCAGGAACGGAAAAACACCUCAUUUUUCUUCCCGUUUCCAUUUUUCUUCCUAGAGUUUGCUUACAUUCUGUUCAAAUUCUUCGCCUCCUAUUCCUAUAUGCCAAUAUUUGACAGGUGUACAAAAUUUUUACAAUCAUCAUCCUCACAUACGUUAAUUCACUUGUCAUAAUGCUCCAUUGAUCGACCUCGGCUGCCUUUAGGCGCUGUAGAGUUGUUCACUGUUUUCUCUGUAAUUAAAUGGAUUUGCCUUUA